AUGGCAGAAUCGACAGGCUCGCCAGAGCUCAACGGCUGUCUGGUGGCAUUGGAAGGUCCAGCAAGACUGGUAGCGACCCAGUUGCGCCUUCUGCCCACCUCACCUCGCAUCCUCAUCCUCCCCGCCCUCCAACACUACCUCGGCAACAUCAACAAAGACGACUACCCUGACGCCACCCAGCUCAUCCACAGGGUCCAUGUCGCCGCCCAAAAACGACAUGCCGAAGCCCAAGAGUUCCUGCAGCAAUCCACACCCGAGGAAGGGCGCAUCGUGUUCACACACGGGGGCACAGUCGGAGCCCACGCGCUAUGUCUCUCGGCGAUCAGCAAGCAACAAACCAGCGGCAACGUCGAGGAGGCAGAUCUGGUGUUUUGCCAACUGGCUAGCAAAGGUGCUGCUCACCUUGCUAGGGAAGCCUCACGCCGUUGCGCCAAGAACCACGGUCCUUCGGUAGCGGCCUUGGAGAAAGUCAAGGUUGUUGCUGCUAGCCCGAGAUCUGCCGGUCUAGUGCCGCGACCGUUGCGUCUCAGGAAUGCCACGCCAUCGUUGCCAAAGGAGACUGUGCUUGUCCAGCAGGGAGAACGCCACAGUCCGUUUGAGGACCCUGUGACCAGGGCGAUGAGGGCGGCGGAUUUGCUGGAUAGGGAAACGGCUUUUUUGCAGCCGGCGGGUGGUAUCAGUGAGGUUGAUAUGACGGUCAGGAUUGUGGAGAUCAGGAAGAGGAAGGUUGUGAGGAGGAGCAUGAGCUUGUCGGUGGUGGACUCUGUCGCGGGGAGUGUAGUGCUGGGGGGAUCUAAGGGGUCGUCGUCGUCAGCGGCUUCGAGUGACGGGCGCGAUAACAAGAACGGGCUUAUUACGUCGCCUUGCUCAUCUUCUUGCGGAAAGACAUUGCCAUCAAGCACCCGACGAACGCCUCUGAGGAUUGAGAUUCCGUCGCCUCUUAUUAGGUGGACUGGAAUCAGGGAGGAGCCGCCGCCCCCCCUUGCUGAGGGGGACCAAUCCGACCCGUCGUUUUCUUCUCGAGGGUGUCGUGUUGAAAAUGAGAGGCCACGGUCGGCAGAUGACAAGCUGACGUUUGAAAAUAACUUGACGAGCCUUGGGAGGCAUUUGGGGGUGGACCGCGAUGAUGACAACAUGGGAGGUUACCACCGCUUGGGCUUGUUUGAGCAGUGGGGCCGAGGUCACAACGCCAAUCUCACCACCGAGCCACCACCGUCCGAUCACGAGAGCACCGCCGCCGCCGCCGCGACCGAGACCGACAAAACAUUUGAACCGGUGCUGCCGCUGAGGGAGGAUUUGGUAAUCCAUCUUUCUACACCCCAAUCGGACGAAUCGCUGGAUUUGGUAUUUCAGGGCUUUCAGAGAGGCGAUUAUACGGAUAGGAUGCCGGUUCGGACCACCGCCGCCCUUGACUCGGGGGUUUUGGAGAAGGGGUAUGAUAAUACGAGGAGGAUACUGGAGAGUUUGAGCCCGGGGGCUUUUGCGGAGGCGGCGGGUGAUGGGAGGAAGCAGAGUUGGGUUAAUGGUGGGUUGGUUCACGGGUUGCCGACGCCGGGGCAUUCGCCGACGCCUUCGGAGGCGAGGCCGGUGAGUGCGCUUGAGGGGGGUCAGCGGUUUUGGAGUUUGCCGGUUGGGGAGGAGACGUCGGUUGUGACGCAGAAUUCGCUGAGGUCCAUUCUUACUUCACAGUGCGCGCAGACGCGGACGGGGCGGCGGCGGCCGAGGUCGUCGGGGGAUGGGUCGGUGACGGAUAGCAUUUGGGACGAGCUUUCUGUGGUGAGCCGGUAUGUGAGGAAGGGCAAGGUUGACAUGAUGUUGGGAGUGGGUGGCGAGGUUGGGGUGAGCAAGGCUCGACUUGAUGAGGUGGUUCAACUACUUGAGAAGCUCGGUUGCAAAGAUGGUGUUUCUAGGACUGGGCGCGUGAGCCUGAGAGACCUCAUCGGCGCCGCAAUGCAAGCCUACACCGCCCAACCACUCUCCAAGCAAACCCAAGCAAACCCCUUUUCAGACCGAGCAGUCCUCGCGGCCUUGAUAAUCCCCUACAUCGAACGCUACCUCUGCUCCCGCCCUCAAGUCCGGUUCCUCCUCAUCGAAUACCCCUCCGAACACCUCGAAACCAUCCUCGCAGUCCAAAAACUCAUGGGGAACGAAAUCAUGAGAAUAGCCGGCGUCAUCAACGGGGACGCCUCGGCGCUCAACCGACCCUUCUCCCCACCGCCCAGCAUUGAAGUCUACAAAUCCUCCACUGCGCCCAUGUCACAAGAGGACUUUGGGAGCAUACUCGAAGCACUGCUCGGCUCCCCGUCAUUCACCCAGGCGGAUUACAUCCUCCCUUCUGUAGCCAGCGAGGCGGACACGGCCACGUUUCUUGCGUCGGUGCAGAAGCAGCUGGUGUCGGUGUCGGAUUUUUACACGCCACCCAAAACGCCGAUCAGCGAGGUUGCGAGACCGGGGGAAGGGACGGGGACAAGGAAGCAGGUUUAUCCGGCAUUGAUCAUCAAGGCGGCAAGGACGCAGACGACGGAGGAGUAUCAGCAGCAGGGGGAAAAGGUGAGGCAUCAUUCUAUUGCCAGCUCGGGGUUGGACACGCCGCCUGCGUCGCCGGCGGAAUCGUUUUGUCCUAGUGGGUUGCGGCCGCCGGUUUUUAGGGAUUCGGCGGCGCUGUCGCGGGGGGCGAUGUCGCCGAGGGAUAUGACGCCCGGGUCGAGAAUUGUGACUCCCACACCGAGGAACAUGACGCCGAUCUCGAGGAACAUGACGCCGAUCUCGAGAAAUGUGACGCCUGUGACGAUGCAGAGCCCGCAUCCGUUGACGGCGCAGAAGCAGAUGGAGCGGGGUGGUGGGUGGGGGAGGCCGAGGGGGCAGGCGGUUCAUCUUGGGGGGCAGGGCUCAACAGGUAGGCCGUAUGGGUUUUCUACGGGGACGGCGUCUUCCCAGAGUUUGAGCCAUAAUGGUGGGAAUAACAACCGGUUGAGACAGGUGGCUACGCUGAGUCACCUGCCGGUUACGUCGUCGUAUGAUGAGGAGGAUUACGGGGAGUUGGAUGAGGAGGAGAGGAGGUUGAUGCCUAUGUAUGGGAGGCGGAGGGGGAGUGGUGGUGGGGGGGAUGGGAAGAAGGCGCUGAAGUGGUUGGGGUUGGCUUGA